CUGCAAGCAGCAUCUGUCCCCACGCGCCGCUCGACCCAGCUCAGCCAGACAUCAGCGGAGAGGACAGGUUCUCAGACACCAGCCUCACCGUAAACCGUUUACUUCCUGGAGAGGGAUACAACUAAAGGAGAUUACUGAAACAUAGCAGUCUGUGGGACGCGUCUGUGUGCGGGUGAUGUUUGGGUUUUUCUGUGUGUGUUAAACCAACCCCAUCUAACACAUCGUGAAAGUGUGUUGAGGUGUUUCAAACACAAACCUAACACGGAUUGUGUGGGUGUUUGUCUUUAACCCUAACCUCACACGCGAGUGUAUGGGUGUGUGUGAAGCUAACCUUAACCCAACAGGUAAAGACAAGUGUUUUCAUUGGUGUUUGGGCGUCUAGCUAACCCUGAUCCAAGAGUUAUUUUAAACCCAACUAAGUUAAAGAUUCGACUUUCUACGAAUCCACAAAGUUUCCAUGUGAAGGAAUGUUGUACUAAAACCAUUGGCAGUUGACAUGAAUUCAAAGCAGACUUAUCAAAAUCCAUUUUGUCGUUAAUUUAGAUCGUACUAUUUGUCUUCAUAUUAUGACAUUACCACGAAGUCAGCUUUGAUUUUCUCUUACUGCUGUUCUGGAUUGGGUCAUCAUUUGCCCUCAUGAGGAUAAAGUCCAAAAAUAAUAAGCCGCCAUAAUCCAUGUCAGUAGAAGCCCAUGGGCCAACUGUUUCACAAUGUGGAUAACUUGCAACUGUCCUAGAUUCACUACAACAUAUGCCAGUAAAGCAUUGUAUCAGAGCUCAUUCUUACACGGACAACCAAUGCCUGGGAAAUCUGAGACUGGCCUGAUUCUUACGUGAGCCACGACUGGAUGAGAACUUCAAACCACCAACAAGGAGGUACUCAGAAUAUCCUUGGUCAUCUAUGUUGAUUAUUUACUGAACCUUAAUCGAAAUGAAGGAGAGAAGAGAUUCUCAUUACUGAGGGCUGUAGAGAAACAAUUUCUCCUGUACUACAUAGGGAACCACAGACAAGCUACACGGGGAGAGACAGAAUGGGUCGGAAAGAGAAGAAAAAGAAGAAAAAGUCGUCGUAUAGCUGCGAUGACGCGGAACAACAGACGCCUUGCUCGAUCCCCAUGGUGGAGAAAAAAAACUCGUUCGCCAGCCUGGACCCACGGCCUAACUGUACAGUGGUCACCCUCCCUGCCCGACCUAGCCAGGCCUUACUUCCGCAAAAACAGAGCCCGGAAAGUCUGGACGAGUGCGCACAUCCGGUGGUCUCCGGAACUGGCGCUGUGGCGACCUGCUUCUUUCUCAUUGGUCUGCUCAUGUUCUUAGUGGCCUUCGGCUCCCACGAUUGGCUGGGGUUGGAGAAAGGACUAACCAUUAGCUUGUGGCGGCGGUGUGUUAGAAACUAUGACCUGAAUGUCUGGGGCUGCAAGCCUUGGAAAACGGUGCCUGAGUUCGUGAGGGCAGCCCAGGGUUUCUGUGUGGUGGGCAUGCUGACCUAUGCCCUGUCUGUCAUCAUCCUGAUUGCUUACGUCACCGUGCAGUUCCUGCAGAGGAUCCGAGGAGUCCUCAUCGCGCUCUGUCUGCUCAUCUUUACUGCAGGUUGCAUGACCCUCAUGGCUCUCGUAGUGAUGGGCAUCAAAGGCAACGACUACCUGAAGAAUCUCAAGCUGGAUGAGCGGGAAGUGAUUCGUUACCUGGGGCGGAGUGUGGAUGUCCUGGGCGGCUUUUACAUCGGCUGGUCCUUCAUCGUGGCCGUUAUCUCAGCCUUCAUCACCCUCGCCAGCUUCAUGUUUUGUAUGAUCGAGUUUGUGCAUGUCAGCGAUGUUAAUGAUUAGGAUGAUUUCUCUCACUUUCCUUUUUUCUGUCUGUCUGUCUGUCUGUUUGUAUGUCUAACAAACUGUCUCUAUCACACAGUGUCUUUUUCUCUCUGUGUCUGUGUGUGUAUGUGUGUGUGUGUGUGUGUGUGUGUGUGUGUG